ACCUUGGGGAGGAUGCACGGAGCUCUUCAGUUGUGAGCGCAGACCAACGAAGGAUGUGGAACCCGGAGGCGCUGCGGCAGUGGUGGGAGUACCUCUCCCUGCACUCGGCGUGGGAGGUCCUCGUGCCGGACGCCGUGUGGGCAGCCGUCGGCCCCUUCGUCAUCUGGGGGCAGGUCCUGGUCUUCUUCUUCCUGUUUCUCGUCGCCACCGUCGGCAGGAGACUCAAGCUCAGGAGGAAGUACGUGGAGCUCCUGGAGGGGGUGUUCCAGUUCGCGAGCGUCAAGCUGGAGGAACCGGAGGACGAGCAGGAGGCCUUGGCCGAGGAGGAGGAGGAGGAAGGCCUAGUGAUUUGCCCCGAGUCCCCCCGCGCGGGCUCCGGCUCCCCUUCCGGCAAGUUCGAGUUCCAGGACAGCCUCCCGUACGUCGUGGCUGGCAUGAGGGCUGUCGUGCAGGACUGUGUCAGCAGUAGUUUUAGUUCAGCUGAGUUGCGGACGUGGAACAUGCUGUCCAGGACGAAGCGGCAGCGCUACCUCCGCCUGAGCCCCUCGCUCACCGUGUUCUGGAUGUGGGGCUUCGUCAUCCGGUGGGUGUUUCUCAUGCCGGUGCGCGUACUGCUUCUCGCCAUGAGUCUGAGCACACUGGUGGUGCUCUGCCUCACCGUCGGGUUCCUACCGGAGAGCGCCUUCAAGAGGAGGGUCAACGCCUGGGUGGUCAGCUGGUGCUUCGACUUCGUGGCCGGCUCGCUGUCCGUGGUGGCCAGGUUCCACAACAAGGAGAACAGACCCACCCACGGCAUUGCGGUCGCGAACCACACCUCGCCCAUCGACUCCAUGGUACUGGCGACCGACAAGUGCUAUGACAUGGUUGGCCAGCGGUCGAAGGGAAUCCUCGGCGUGUUCAUGAAGGCGCUGGCGAGGUCCUCGUCUCACAUCUGGUUCGAAAGGACGCAGGCGAAGGAGAGGUCCCAGGUGGCGCAGAUGUUGCAAGCGCACGCCCAGGAUACAACCAAGCCCCCGAUCCUGAUCUUCCCGGAGGGCAUUUGCGUCAACAACACGGCCGUCAUGCAGUUCAAAAAAGGGGCAUUUGAGAUUGACAGCGUGGUCUUCCCCAUCGCCAUCCGGUUCGACCCCCGGUACGGCGACCCGUUCUGGUACCAGGACUCCUUCGGCGUCUAUCUCUUCAGCAUGAUGACCUCGUGGGCGAUCGUGUGCGACGUGUGGUACCUGCCCCCCAUGCGGCGCGGCGAAACCGAGUCGGCGGCAGCGUUCGCGAGUAGAGUGAAGGCACUCAUAGCUCACCGCGGAGGCUUCGUCCAGCUGGCGUGGGACGGCUCCAUUAAGCUGGCGCAGAAAGGGAACGCGCUGUGGCGGGAGAAGCAGACGCAGUGGAGGAACAAGCAGCAAGUUGAGUUCGCGAGGCACCUGAGCGUGAGCGAAGACGAGGGCGUGACGAAGGAUGGGAAUAAGGAGGAGCGGAAAGACAGGGCAAAGGACAGGGGAAAAGACUCGGAAGAGAGCGCCUCAGAGGAUGUAUGCAGUGAGGGGAAGAAAGAGGUCUGAUGCAUGACAGGGGAAAGAAGAGAAACGGAAACGCGGGAAGGGAAAGUGUCGGACAAUUGGAACAGGAAGGAAGUAAGGAGAGGAAAAUGAAGUCAGAACAGAGGAAGAGGGGAGGGAAGAAUUAACGAAGUGGAAGGGAAACGGAAACCAUGCAAAGAAAAACAAAAAACAAAAUGAAAUUGUGAAAUGAAAGAGAAAGAAAAGAGAGCGAACGUAAACAAAGGAGCAGAAAGGACAAAAAAUAGUAAAAGAAAAUACUAAAUAAAGGAAAGAAAUGAACAUGAGGAAUUAAAUGUUUCUCUUUCAAAUGCUUUACCGCAAGAUACUCACUGUUGGUGCUAUACAUUGAGCAUGACGGGUCAUGUAGAACAAUGGCGUCUAUUGUAUGGAAAAGGAAAACAAUGUAUAAUGUAUGUUGUAAGUCAAUCAAUAAAUACCAAAAUACUAA